CGUCGAGCCUAGCGGCGACAACGGCAACAUGGCUCUGAAUGGCGCUGAAGUCGACGAUUUCUCCUGGGAGCCUCCAACCGAAGCGGAAACGAAGGUGCUGCAAGCCCGACGGGAGCGGCAGGAUCGCAUCUCCGCGCUCAUGGGCGACUACCUGCUGCGUGGUUACCGCAUGCUGGGCGAGACGUGCGGGGACUGUGGGACGAUCCUCCUCCAAAACAAACAGCGGCAGAUCUACUGCGUGGCUUGUCAGGAGCUCGACUCAGACGUGGAUAAAGAUAAUCCGGCUCUGAAUGCGCAGGCUGCCCUCUCCCAAGCUCGAGAGCACCAACUCGCCUCUGCCUUGGAGCUCCCUGCAGGCUCUCGGCCCACCCCCCAGCCCCCAGUACCCCGCCCAGAGCACUGUGAGGGAGCUGCAGCAGGGCUCAAGGCAGCCCAGGGGUCGGCCCCUCCUGCUGCACCUCCAAGUGCAGAUGUCGUGGCCAGCGCACAGGAGGCCCUCCUGCAGAAGCUGACCUGGGCCUCAGCUGAACUGGGCUCUAGCACCUCCCUGGAGACUAGCAUCCAGCUCUGUAGCCUUAUCCGGGCUUGUGCAGAGGCCCUGCACAGCCUGCAGCAGCUGCGACACUAGGAGACCCCCCCUCCCCGAGAAAAACCCUCCAGAAAAACAGCCAUUCCUCUUGUGUGGUUUGUUCUUUUCAUGGUUCCGAGUGUGCAUGCCAGUCCCAGCUCCACUCGCCUGUUUCCUGCUUUGGGUCUCGCCCUGCCACUCUCUGAUCUCCUUGACGCCCUGAGACAUGAGUUGAGCUUGUUUCUGCUCAGUUUUCCCACUCAGGAUGAUGGGGAGGGAGAGGAUUAUGUGACAGUUGGCUCCGCAAAUGCAGGAACAAGAGGGAUGGGCCUCCACAGCACCUCUGUAACUUCCUAAGCCACCCAGUGCUCAGUCCCCACCCUUGAGUGAGAUGGGGACUCCAAUCCCUUUGGCAGCGUCUCCUUUCCUGAAGCAUCCUGGGACCAUCAUCCUUUCCCACCUCAUGCCCAGCCCAGGCACUCAGACACUCACACACUCACAGGGCAUCAGGUUGCAAGGUAGGGACCCAGUGUGGAUUUACCUCAGUCUCCUGAUCCCCAAUUUUAGAUCCUUUUCCGUGGGAGUUAUAAUUGGACAAAAGUGUUGAGGAGGAGCGUAAAGAGCUGUGAAGGAACCGUGCCCACCGCUUGUGGUCUCUUCCCUCUCUGUCUCCCUUCUGUGACCCAUUCCCUUUACUCAGCUAUCGCCGCGUUGGGGCGACUUGGGCCCACAGCCGUUGCCCUUUUAAGAGAGGCCCCGCCCAUACGGGGGGUGGGUCAGGGGCGGAGUCGGAGGCGGCGGGGAAGGAACAAAGCCCGGCCUGCUGGCGGCAGCUGGGCUCGGCUGGUGGGGCCCCAGGAGUGCGGGGCCUGCAGGCGGCAUCCCAGCCAGAGCGUUGGAGGGUCAGAGGCG